AUGGCCUCUGACAAAACCUUCCCUUCAAAAGAAUCAAAACCCGAUGAAAACCCUUGGUUAAUCCAACUCAAAGAGAUGCUGAGUGAAACCAACCUCGGAACCUUGAAGGAUAUGCCCGUUUGCAUUCACCAAGUCCCCAAAUCUUUGAGUUGUGCCAAACCAGAAGCCUUUACCCCACAAAUUAUAGCCAUUGGUCCAUAUAACCAAUUUCGUCCUGAGAUCUAUCCCUUGCAAAGGUUCAAAAAUUUUUCAGCCCAAAGGGUUCUCGAGCACUUCAAACAUGACAUCGAUCAAUUAGUCGAGAAACUCAACAACACAGUGUCAUUCGUCCGUGCUUGUUAUCACAAAUACUUGCACAUCGACGAGAAUACCUUGUUAUACACCAUGGCCAUUGAUGGUUUGUUCUUAUUGUAUUUCUUUCACAACUAUCUCGACGAGAAAGAGUCUUUCUUGAAAGGAAUAGACCAACAACUUGAGAAAAAUGGUGUCAAGCAUACCAAAGAUGACAUCAUAAGAGAUAUGCUCAUGGUCGACAACCAAAUCCCAACCUUCAUAUUGAGGAGAAUCUUAAUCUUGAUGAUUGAAAGAUCCAAACCUGAUGAUCAAGUUUAUGAAAUAUUGGGUCCGAUGCUCUUGUCAUUCUGUAAGAAACAUUGUCCACUCAAGUUAACUCAAACAUGGUCAAAAGCUCUCGCCAUGCGUUAUCAUUUGUUGGAUCUCAUGUAUCAUUUGGUGGUUCCUGAGAAUGAAAAGUCAGAAACAACAGCAACAUCUGAAAUAGAAGGUAUGCGUGAUACCUCUGCCACUGAUGCUCCUAAACCCAAGAAAUGCUCAAUAUCUGAAGGCAUAGACAAAUUCAAAAAGAAAGUUAAUGUUCCAAUAAAGGGGACACGAGACUAUCUCAAAAACGUGAAGGAUAUGAAUGUUCCUCUCUUGCUACCAAUUAAACCAUGUAUAGAUGGAACAUACAGUGUGCUAAACUUGUGUCAAAGUUGUACAUCAGAAUCCCCUUUUGACAUUGAAGCUCCUAAGGUUGUUCUCAUUCCUUCUGUGCGUAAGCUUCAUUCUGUUGGGAUCCGUUGUAAACCCUCUGAAGGUGGCAUCAACACCAUUCAUUUCGAUAAGAGGAAGUGCAUACUUUACCUCCCUGUGAUCGAAUUGGAUGUCAACUCUGAAGUGAUAAUGAGAAACCUUGUGGCUUACGAGGCCUUGACUCAACCUCCAAAUUCAUUCAUCUUCACAAGGUACACAGAAUUGAUGGGAGCAAUGAUAGGCACUGUGAAGGAUGUUAAGCUUCUGAAGGAUGCAGACAUCAUAGAAAAAACAAGCUCUCUCAGUGUUGAAGGAACUCUGGAACUUUUCAAUGGGAUGAACAAAUUCAUUGGACCCACCAACACUGUAAAGUCAUUGGAUGAAACCAUUGAGAAAGUUAACAAGUGCUUCCGUAAAAAGCAGAAGUUCAGCCUCCGCAGGAGCUUCACCAAUUGCGUGAACUCUUAUUGGCAAUUCCUCACAUUUCUUGCCACCGUAGUGCUGUUGGCCAUGACGGCUUUCCAAACAUUUUGCACCGUUUAUGAUUGUCCCAGUCAUUUCAGACACAAAUGA